AUUCCGCGGCCGCCGCGAGCUCCGAGCCCAAAAAUCCCCAAAAUUCCCCAAAAUUCCCCAAAAUUCCCCAAAAUCCCCAAAAUCCCCAAAAAGGCGCGGCGGGAAGCGGCUCCGGCAUGGCCGAUCCCGGAUUUCCCGGGCAGCUCCGGGGCCGCUCCGGGUUCCGGUUCCGGAACUGGGCCGGCACCCAUGGGUGCAGCCCCGAGCUCUUCUUCCAGCCCCGCGACCUCCGGGAGCUGCGCCAGAUCCUGGCGCUGGCGCGGCAGCGGGGGAAGCGCGUGAAGGUGGUCGGGGGCGGCCACUCGCCCUCGGACAUCGCCUGCUCCGACGGUUUCCUGAUCCACAUGGGCCACAUGAACCGCGUCCUGCAGGUGGACAAGGAGAAGCUGCAGGUGACGGUGGAGGGCGGAAUUCUCCUCUCGGAGCUGCACCGGGAGCUCGACAAGCACGGCCUGGCCCUGCCGAAUUUAGGCGCCGUGUCCGAUGUGACGGCGGCCGGAGUCAUCGGCACCGGCACCCACAACACCGGCAUCCGGCACGGCAUCCUGCCCACCCAGGUGGUGGCGCUGUCGCUGCUGCUGGCCUCGGGCCGCGUGCUGCGCUGCUCGGCCACCGGCGCCGGCGGUGACAACGGUGACAACGGUGACAAUGGUGACAAUGGUGACAACGGUGACAAUGAUGAUGGUGAUGGUGACAAUGAUGGUGACAAUGAUGAUGAUGAUGGUGACGAUGAUGAUGAUGGUGACGAUGAUGAUGAUGGUGCCGCGGCGUCGCUGCUGUUCGGGGCGGCGCGGCUGCACCUGGGCGCGCUGGGCGUGGUGCUGAGCGUCACCUUCCAGUGCGUGCCCGCCUUCCGACUGCGGGAGAUCGCCUUCCCCUCCACCCUCACACAGGUGCUGGAUCAGCUGGAGGAGCACCUGCAGAAUUCCGAAUUUUUCCGCUUCCUGUGGUUCCCGCACACCGAGAACGUCCGGAUCAUCUACCAGGACCCCACCACCCAGGCUCCGUGCUCCUCGUCCAGCUGGUUCUGGGAUUACGCUGUGGGAUAUCACCUCCUGCAGUUCCUGCUCUGGAUCAGCACCUUCUUUCCCAGGAUGGUGGUUUGGAUCAACCGGAUUUUCUUCCGGCUCCUCUUCAGCUCCCGCACGGAGAACGUCGACCAGAGCCACCGGAUCUUCAACUACGAGUGCCGCUUCCGGCAGCACGUCCAGGACUGGGCCAUCCCCAUCGGGAAGACGCGGGAGGCGCUGCUGGAGCUGAAGGCGGAGCUGGAUCGGAAUCCCGGGAUCGGCGCGCACUUCCCGGUGGAGAUCCGCUUUUCCCGGCGGGACGAGAUCCCGCUGAGCCCGUGCUUCCGGCGGGACAGCUGCUACAUCAACGUGCUCAUGUACCGGCCGUACGGGCGGGAGGCGCCGCGGAGCCGCUACUGGAGCAUCUACGAGGGAAUCAUGAGGAAGCACGGAGGGAGACCCCACUGGGCCAAGGCGCACAGCUGCGGGCGGCGCGAGCUGCGGGAAAUGUUCCCGAAUUUCGGAUCCUUCUGCGCCCUGAGGCGGCGCCUCGACCCCGGCGGCACCUUCCUCAACGCCUACCUGGAGAGAGUCUUCUUUUAACCAAAACCGCGGGAUUUCAACCCAAAUCCCUGUCCCGGGAACACCCAGCUCUUCUUUUAACCAAAACCGCGGGAUUUUAACCCAAAUCCCCAUCCUGGGAAUUCC